UUUGGAGUUACACCAGCGGACUGUAGAACACUACCGGAUAUCCCAGCGAGCGUGGAGCUCAGGUUCGCAGGUGAAGGCGAGCAGACCCGCGCAACCGCUGUGUCUCGAAGAGAAACAGAGUGCAGUCGUGCAGAUUCAACUCUGUAUGAGCAGCGACGGCGCCAACAAAAUGGUCCCGCGCGUUUAGAUGCGCAACCGUAUGCGCAUAAACCUUUCUUAUUAGAGGGAUAAAAUAUCCGGACCCGGGAUAUUCCACACUAAGAGUAUUCUAUCCGGCCGGAUAGAAUAUACUAUCCCCGGAUAAAAUAUACGGGGGAUAAAAUAUACUGUGACACCGGCUAGGCUAGCUAGAGCUACAUAGCAAGACCAGAGAUAGCUCAACGUUGAUCAACUAGAGAGUCAUCAUGAUAGUUUUCAAGCAGAUUUGUGCCCUUUCCCUCGUGUUGCUAGUCGGUGGAUGUGUCGGUCAGGAUGUGUUUCUAGAGCGGCCAGUGAGCCAGAGAGUGGAGCUGGGUUCCCCAGCACGCCUUAACUGCACGGUCAACGGAACGCUGGCUACCUCUCCCGAGUGGCGGCUGGGUGGCUCCGCGCUGACCUCAGUUGCUGGUGAGGUAGAGGUGGAGGCAAGUUACCUGCUGCUGCCCUCGGUCCAGUGGAGUCAGAUAGGAGAAUACACUUGUGUCGUGACUGUGGAAGGAAACUCGUCCUCGGCUUCAGCAACCGUCAAUAUCACAGGAUAUGUAAAGCCGUUCGUGGACGCCACGGAGGGAGUGAGAACGAUCAAUCACGAGAUAGGAGAAGAGGAGAAGAUAGAGUGUCCCGUGGCUGGGUAUCCUGGACCGAGCACGCUCUACUGGGAGUCCUUGGACAGUGAACAAGAUGUGACUGGAGACACAAGUGUUGAGACUGGAGUGUUUGUGGAUGAGAAUGGGAAACUGGAUGUGUCCAGAGUCCAGGAAGCUGGCAGCGAGCUCUUUGCCUGUGUUGGAGUGGACGCUGCAGGGAACUCAGCAAGAACUCGUAUCAGAGUAACAUCAGUCUCCUCAGAACAAGAGGAGAAGGAGGAGGAGAUAAAUCUGGUGGAGUGGUAUUUCAUCCUGGCAUACAGUGUGGGUGGAGUGCUGGUGGUGGUGGGAGUGGGAGUGGUAAUGUUUGCCUGUGGACUCCACCACGACCAGUGCUGUGAGAAAGUGGCUGAAAAGAGAGCAACUCGCUUGAGGGUCAGAAGAUCAAAGGUUGCACUCGGUGAUAUGAAGGUGUAAGCCUUAGCUCUACACUUUUUUAAUUGCUGUACAUUGUGAAGCAUAGAUUUUGUACAAAGAGAAGGCAAGCACAGUGGUGGUGGGAGGGGCUCGCGUGUUAUGAGCUAUGAGCAUGAGCAUUAAAAAAUGGAGGCGAAGGUAGAAGUGAAGAAACCAGCUUUACCUUUGUACGUGGGCCUGGAUCUCAGCACCCAGCAGCUGAAGGUAGUGAGUGUGGACGAGCGGCUGAGAGUCACCCACGAAUUUCACGUCGUCUUAGACGAGUUGCAGGAGUUCGGGACAGUCGGUGGUGUGCUAGAGAGUGAAGAUGGAGUGACAGUCACAUCACCUACUCUCCUCUGGGUCAAAGCAGUGGACGUGCUACUGAGCAAGAUGCAGGAGGAAGGGUUUCCCUUCUGUCGGGUGGUAAGUCUGUCAGGGAGCGGGCAGCAGCACGGCAGUGUUUACUGGAGAGAGGGGGCAGGAGAAAUCUUGACUCAUCUCCAGCCCAGCCUCAGUCUACACGAGCAACUCCAGGACUCAUUCUCCCUGGACCAGAGCCCCGUGUGGAAGGACUCCAGUACAAGUCAGCAGUGCAGAGAGCUGGAGGAGGCUCUUGGAGGUCCUCUCUCUCUAGCACACGUGACUGGGUCCCGGGCUUACGAGAGGUUUACAGGCAACCAGAUCGCCAAGAUAUUCCAGAGGAAGGAAGGAGUGGAGGCCUACAAGGAAUUUGACAGUACUGAGAGAAUCUCAUUGGUCAGCAGUUUCCUGGCGUCUCUCUUCCUGGGCCGGUAUGCCAGUAUUGACUAUAGUGAUGGAUCUGGUAUGAACCUGCUGGACAUCGCACACAAGAAAUGGUCCUCAAAGGCACUGGAGGCAUGUGCACCAGGCUUUGAUCUGGAGGCCAGAUUAGGUGACCCCGUGACCUCCAGCUCUGUUCUGGGUCCAAUAUCUCCGUACUACGUGGAUAAGUUUGGAUUCUCUUCCAGCUGUCAGGUGGUGGCCUUCACUGGAGACAAUCCUUCCUCUCUUGCUGGCACGAGGCUCUCUGCAGGAGAUGUGACGAUAAGUCUUGGUACCAGUGACACUGUCACCUUCUGGACCAGCUCGGCUCAACCUCAGCUGAUGGGCCACGUUUUUGUGAAUCCAGUGGACGACUCUGCCUUCAUGGCAAUGCUCUGCUACAAGAAUGGGUCAAAGACAAGGGAACUGUUUCGUGACCGACACACCAACAACAACAGCUGGAAGGAGUUUAAUCAUCUGCUGGACGAGACUGAAGCAGGGAACAGUGGAAAUAUUGGGAUCUACUUUGCAGAGCCAGAGAUCACUCCCACAGCAGGCACAGGGGAGUACAGGUGGGACAGGAGUGGAGCUCCAAUCACAGAGUUCCCUCCAGAGGUGGAGCUGCGGGCUCUGGUGGAGGGUCAGUUUAUGGCAAAGUGGGUGCAUGCCCAGAGACUGGGUCACACUAUCACUGCCUCCUCCCGGAUCCUUGCAACUGGAGGAGCCUCGGGGAACACAGCUAUUCUGCAGAUUAUUGCUGAUAUCUUCAAUGCUGAUGUGUAUGUGCAAGAGGAGACAGCCAACUCGGCUAGCCUUGGAGCUGCCUACAGAGCCAAACACGCUCUAAUGCCAGCUGGAACGCAGUUUGCUGAGGCAGUGCAGGAUGCUCCAGAGUUCACUAAAGCUCUGUCUCCCAGACCACACCUACACUUCCAGGUGUAUCAGCCACUAUGUAAACGUUACGCGAUGCUGGAGUCAUC